GCAAAUUAUUAUUGUGUCUGUGUGUGUAGUGGGAAUUUGUUGAGAUAGAACGAGAAAAACAUUCGCAGCAAAUCAAGAAAGACGACGCAAACAAAACGAAUUUAACUUUCGAAAUCCAAUCAAAUCGAUUCGCAUUGAUCAUCUGCCUGCGUAGAAUUCAUUUUUUGUGUGCUCCAACGGUGGAACACCACAAUAAGAUAUAGCGAAAAGUGUACAAAAAUAUCUAGAGGCCAGUGAAAGUGUAACGAGAUAAAUAGAUACAAUCAGCGAAGGGGGAAAGAAAUCCAGCAACAAUGACCACAUAUCAGAUGAACUUCAACCAGGACUUUACAUCCCUCUCCGUACUGAGUCCCGCUGGCCUGCGACUGUACUCAAUUGCCAGCCAGGACAAGGUGGAGGAGAUCUUCUCCAAGGACAACACGGAGCAGAUCCGGAUAGUGGAGCGCCUGUUCAACAGCUCGCUGGUGGUGCUGGUCACCGCCCAGAAGCCCAACUGCCUCAAGAUGCUGCACUUCAAGAAGAAGCAGGACAUCUGCAACUGCUUUUACCCCUCGGAGAUUCUGUGCGUUCGCAUGAACCGUCAGCGGCUCAUCGUCUGCCUGGCGGAGAGCAUACACAUCCACGACAUCCGCGACAUGAAGAUCCUGCACUCCAUCGAGAACAUAGCGCCCAACGAGCAGGGCCUCUGCGCCCUCUCCCUCAACUCGCACCUGGCCUUCCCCGUCUGCCAAACGAGUGGGGAGCUGCGCAUCUUCAAUGCCAGCAAACUGCGCACCGGUAUGACCAUCAAGGCCCACGACACGCCCCUCUCGGCCCUGGCCUUCUCGCCCAGCGGCUCCCUGCUGGCCACCGCCUCCGAGCGCGGCACCGUCAUCCGGGUCUUCUGCGUCAAGAAUGGCCAGCGGGUGCAGGAGUUCCGGCGCGGCGUUAGCUGUGUCCGCAUCGCCUCCCUGGUCUUCUCGGCCAGCGGAGAGUUCCUGUGCGCCUCCUCCAACACGGAGACGGUCCAUGUCUUCAAGAUCGACGGACGGGCAGUGGAGACGGCCGAACUGAAGGCGAUAGCGGAUGUGGCUGCCAAGACGGAAACCAAGGAAUCGGUAGCAGCCACAGCGGCAGCAGCUGAGGAGGCGCCUGUCUCCAGCUGGGGCGGAAUGUUCUCGAAGGCGGUGUCCUCGCUGCUGUUGCCCUCGCAAGUCAGCGAAGUGCUGGCCCAGGACCGAUCCUUUGCCACGGUCCAGCUGGCCCAGGGCGGCCUGAAGCACAUUUGCGCCCUGACCCGCGUCCAAAAGGAGCUUCGCCUGCUGAUCGCUUGCGAGGAUGGGUUCCUCUAUGUACACGAGUUCCUGGCGGAUCGCGGAGGCGCCUGCAAACUGCUGUCGGUUCACGAUCUGCGCGGAGCCCUCGAGGACAUCAUCGAGUUGCAGCUGAGCGAAAGCGUGCUGAGAUCGCAGAUUAAGUCAACGAAUCCCACGAUUGUGACGCAACCAUCGCUGACGAUGCUGAAGAGCUGUGCGGCCAGUGUGCUCAUCGAGAAUCCGGAUCCGAUGCAGGACAACAGCUAUGCGAGUAUCCUCAAGGGUGACCAGGCGGAUGCCAUGUCAGAUUCUGCCAAGUUUCGCAAGCUCUGCGAUGCCAUCGACACACCAACGAAGCUCUACGAUGAGCGACAAUUUCCGCCCGUGGCUAUUGCCGCCAAGGAUUGACCACGCCGUCGCUGCCACAAGGAUAUGGUCAUAGUUGAUAAACAGCAGAUAAUCUAGCAACUUUAGAGAAUUCCCCGAAGGACAUUACCUUAGAAAAAUCGCCUCAGAAAAACAGUUAUGAUAAAUGUACCCCUAGAUCUAAAUGAAGGCAAAAAUACUCUUCUAAAAAGUAUUUCAAUUUAAAUAAUCUAAGAAUAUUUACUUUUCAUUUUCGUAUAAUACUGUGUAUAUAAAGGUAUGUAAUUUAAAAAAAAUGCUUGAUUUUCUCAUUUUGAUAAUUUAUUUUUGUCCUAAUGUUUAACCAGAAUAUCUCCUAUGCUUUUACUCAACCUCUGUAAUUUUGUAUUAUAUCAAUUUAGGUCUAAGAGUAUAGAAUAGUUACCUAAAAAUGGAUGGAUAAAAACUGCGAUAGAAGCUAAAAAAAAAAACAAAAAAAGGGAACGAGGAAGAAGAGCAACAAAUAAUGUACCUUAAAAUGGAGAGAAAAACAAGCGUAUUAAACUAGCUUUGCAACAAAAAAAUUAACAAAUAACUUGAAAAAAUGUCGUAAAUAUUAUAAAUAUUUAUAGAGAAAAAGAGUAGUUGUGGAAAUAUUAAGUAUUCAUACAAAAUAUUUUUAAAUAUGAUUUAAAUAGGAAACGUAAUUACUAAAAUAAUUUUGAAUCCAAAAACUUUAUGAAAAUACUUAGCAAUAUGUUUAACUUAUGUAUGUACGUAAAGCAAA